CUUCUUUUCCCCUGCCCCGAUUCUUCCUACUUGAUACCUUGGCGAUCUCGUGUUAUCAAACCCGUCCGUCUCGUCAGGGAGUAAGGAUUUCACCGGGAAGCCGCAAGAAACUGUAGAAUCUUUGUUCUCAGCUCGAAUCAAAACAACGUUUGAAUUGUAAUUUAUUUUUUCUCUUUCCUCUCAAAAGCAUCCAUCCCUCAACUUGCAAGCUCUUUUUCUUCUGGAGGGUCAUAAUGGGCUGCAGUUAUUUGUACCGCUUACGCCAAAAUCCCGCUGUAAUUUGACCUUUCCAUGAUGUUCAGCUAUCUGGGUUUGUUUUAAUUGACUGAGCUUGUUGCGUCAAUGGCGGACGUCGGGGAUGGAGGAAAGAGGCACAUUCCAACCCCAAUGAGCAGUAAUUUCCGGCGAGAUCUGUUGCAGCUACAUAGAUUCAUGUCUGUGAAUCACUUGCCGGUGAAGGUGAAGCUGGAGGAGACAAGCGAAGAGGAUGAGGGGGAGCUGGAGCUGACCCUUGGUCUCUCGAUGAACGGUCGUUUUGGGGUGGACCCAAGAGCCAAGAAGAUAAAACGCACUUCGUCGAUACCGGAAUUCAUGAAUCACAAUCCAAUUCUGAAAGACGAAGAGACAGCGAUCGGGAUGCCAAUGGGAUGCGGUGCUAGUUCGCUGGUGAGGACGUGCUCGCUGCCGACGGCGACGGAGGAAGAGUGGAGGAGGAGGAAGGAGCUGCAGACACUCAGGAGACUGGAGGCAAGGAGGAAACGGUCGGAGAAGCAGAGGAAUUUGAGGGUCGUUCGGGAGCGAAAUCGAGAAGACGACGUCGUCGUUGAGCGGGAUGCUACUCAGACGUUGACUGAUUUCGCCGGCUCGAGAGCGCCGCUGUUGGGCGGUGGUUUACCACCACCUGGUCCUCCAUCGUUCUCCAAGGCCUCCAAUGGCUCAGAUGGGAUCUCAGAGUCGGAGAGUCACCCGGCUUCAGGAACAAAAUCCCCUGAUGCUAGAAUCUCUAACUGUACUAACUACUCUGUAGAUGGAGAACAGAAAUCAACAAUCGCCUCAGGAACACUGAUUGCCGGAAAAUCAGGCAAGACUGGUGCUGUUGCAACUAGGAUUGAGGAUAACAAAAUUGUAUCACCGAAAAGCAGGACCAAAGAUAUGAUGAAGAAUAUGUUGGAAGAAAUGCCUUGUGUGUCUACCAAAGGUAAGGGUCCCAAUGGAAAGAGAGUUCAAGGUUUUCUUUACCGGUACCGGAAAGGAGAGGAAGUGAGGAUACUCUGUGUUUGUCAUGGCAGUUUCCUCACCCCGGCUGAGUUCGUCAAGCACGCAGGCGGCGGUGAUGUGGAUCACCCAUUAAAGCAUAUCGUUGUAAGUCCAAGCUUUUUAUAACUCCUUAAAAUGAGACAAGGGACAAAGGAACCAAUGAUGAGUAGUCAAUAGUGACACAAUACUCUCUUUGGUUUCUCUUUAAAAUUUGGCUCUUGAUUUGGUCAUGGAAGUCCCGUGCGAGCAUUAAUAUUCUAAGUCUAAGAUAUUAUGGAGGAUCUGAUCUCUUUCUUGAUGUUCUCUGUUAUUGUUGCAAAAGCUAACUUUUAGUAUGAGGGAACAAUGUCAAUGUUAUCAUUUCCUAAGUGGCAUUCCAUUCCUUCA